UGCCGCGUGGGGACCCGGAGCCCGCGGCCCGGCUCCGAUUGGCUCCCCACGGGCCCCCGCGGGCCUGACGUGGGCUCCCGGCGCCGCCGCGAAGAGAAAGUGAGCAGCAGAGCUCAUGGCGCGAGCUGCGAGGCCAAUGAGCGAGGACAAGUAGGGGGAGAAAGAGCCGCGAACAGACAUGAGUAAUCGCUCCAUCGCCUGGUGGCUGAGGCAGGUGGGCCUGCCCGAGUACAGCGAGGCGCUGGAGGAGCAGUACUACGGGCUGGAGGGUCUGAUGAACGUGACGGACGCGGAGCUGAGGGAUGCGGGGGUAGAGGAUGCGCGGCACCGAGGGGACAUCCUCAGCCAGCUCUCCAGAUGCCGCCAGAGACUGGACCCGUGCGCAGGGUCAUAUUAUACGAUCAAGCCAGAAAGUGGUGUGCAGGGCGCGGGGCGCAGGCUGAGCAGACAGGCCUCUCUGGGGUCGUCCAUGGACCUGGGGACGCCGGGCCGGGACCUGUUCCGUCACAGCGUCCUGCCUCGCCUCCAGGGCGCCGACAGCAAACAGCGCCUCUCGGCCUCCUGCUCGCAGCUCCUCCCCUCGGACAAAUACAGGACGGUCAGCGGCGCGGAGCGCGGCCGCGACGGCAGGAGCAGCAAGAGGAGGAGCGUCAGCGCAUACUUCAGUCAGGUGUUUCGUGGUCGUAGAGAGAUGGACUCGCUGAAGAAGGAGCUGGAGGAGGAGCUGAAGCUCAGCAAUGACGACCUGAGGAGUCACUCGUGGUACCACGGGCCAACAAGCCGAGAGACUGCAGAGUCUUUUUUUGAGAAAAAUGGAGACUUCCUGGUGCGAGACUCAAGCUCCGCUCCAGGUGACUACGUGUUGAGCUGCUGGUGGAAGAACGGACCGAUGCACUUUAAGAUCAUACGAGUGGUCCUUCGUCCCAAACAGGGCUACACCAGGGAGCUGUACCAGUUUGAGGAGGACCGGUUCGACAACGUUCCGGCUCUCAUCCGGUACUAUGUGGGUGGGCAGCGCUCCAUCUCCAAGGCCUCGGGUGCUGUGAUCUGUCGACCGGUCAAUCGGACGCUCCCUCUGCGCGUCAUCGCCGAGCGGCAGAGCGAGGCCAAGACCUGGGGCGGAGGUGCAGGGGGGCAAAGGCGCGCGGACUCGGCCAAAAGGCGCAGCUUCAGCACCACACACACGGACGCGCUGCAGGUCGCCAACCCGCUGCUCCGGAGCGGAAGCCAGCCGGCCAACAUGGAGAACGUGGGCCGGAGGCCGUCGCUGCAGUCGGCCCAGUCUGACAGCAACAUACGCACCGCGGUCCCGCAGAGCCUCCCGGUGGAGGACGGCGGCCCGGAGCCCGUGUCCCCCGUGUUCCGCACGGGCAGCGAGCCCCUGCUGAGCCCGCGUGCAGCGCAGCUCAUGACUCCCUGUGCUCCUGCAGGUGGCGGAGUGACGCUGCGAGGGUCCGACGGACAGCUGCACCCCAGAGCCCCUCCCAAACCUCUCAGGGUCUCCACUAUUUUUCCCAACGCCGUCCCUCCUCCACCGCAAGACGCGGACGAGGAUCCCUCAUGUCUUUACACUGAGCUCGUCAUCCAGGUGCCUCAGGCCCGACAGAAGGGCCACGUGGCCCGGCUGCGUGCCGAGGAGAAGUGGCAGAGCCGGGCUCGCAUCACAGAGACCUCCUUCGGUUUCCUGGAGGCCCAGAAGAACGAGGUGUCGCCUCAGCAGUUCUUCUACAAACAGGCACAGAGGAAGUCAGCACAGGAAGCGAACGACUGGCACUUCGAACGGCCUCAAGUGGAGUCCGUGUCCUGCUUCCAGCUGGAUCAGUUUGAGUCGCUGCUCCUACCAAAGAACAACCGGCCCCUGGAGCCCGGCGUCCUGCUGGCACUCAAAGAGGUCCUCAACCGCAGUGACUCCAGAAACACUGCCCUGCACUUACUCAGCGUGGACUGCCAGGUCGCACGCGUUGUUGGGGUAACAGAUGAGCAGAAAAGGAUGAUGGGAGUUGCAUCCGGCCUGGAGCUUGUCACUUUGACACACGGACGCCAGUUACGGCAGGAUUUAUUAGAAAGGCAUCAUCUAAUAGCGCUGGGAAUCGCUGUGGACAUCUUAGGCUGCACAGGGACUGUGAGCCAGAGGGCAGCGAGUCUGCAUAAGUUCAUCCUAUUGGCUCAGGCCCUGAAAGACAACGCCCACAACCUCUACUCCUUCUCCGCCGUGAUGAAGGCGCUGGAGAUGCCUCAGAUACUGCGGCUGGAGAUGAUGUGGCGAGCGCUGAGGAGGAACCACACCGAGAGCGCAGUGCUGUUCGAGAAGAAGCUCAAACCCUUCAUGAAGUCUCUGAACGAGGGAGACGACUCCGUGGUGGAGACGCCUGUCGCCAUGCCCCACCUGGUUCCUCUGCUGAUGGCGAUGGAGGGCGAGGACGUGGUGGAGAACAACGAGCGAGGCUGCGAGCUCCUCUACGACGUCCUGCAGUCCGCUCGCAGGGCGGCGCUGCACGCCGAGGACUGCCAGAGGCACGCGCACGCGCUGCUCUCAGGAGGCUGGGAGCCCAUCCCGGAGCUGCUGGAGGCCUUCCACACAGAGUUCGCCCUGCGGCUGCUCUGGGGUCAGCUGGGGGCAACGGCCAGCAGAAAGGAGCGCUAUGAAAAGUUUGACAAGAUCCUUUGUGUCCUGUCUGACAAACUGGAACCUGCGGAGUUGACCCCUCCGCGGUCCGACCCUUUAACCUGAGCCCCAGGGCCCGUGGCACCGAGCGAAAAGUGAAAUCAGCAAGAAAAGAUGAAAAGGGCUGGUUUCAUCUGAGCUGAGGCAGAACAGACGUUUACUGACUUCAAGGGACAUGUUUUUCCCCCGUUACAGACUUCUGAUGUGAAAACUGCUGCAUGUGAUUCGUUUUCCUCUUUGAAGGAAGCUGAAACCGCUGUUUACUUUUUCCAAACGCAUUUCUGAAACCCGGAUCAGUCCACGCCACUGGUUUGAUACUUGACUCCAAAGUGAAAACGUCUCAAAACCAAACCAGUUUUCUUUGUGACUGAACCACUGCUUUGAGGAAACACAUUCAUCUGAGCAUUUCUAAUGCAAUAAAUGGAUGUUUUAUUUUGUUUAAACUCC